AUGUGUCUCUUUAUCAGAUCACCUUAUUUGAGAGCACUUUCAUUGCUUCUUUUUCUUCGCCAGACUUUUUGCAUAAUCGAGAUAGAAUUGACAGAAGACAAAAUAUGGGAAAGAAUAAAAUACGACGAGAAAGUCGACGGAGUCUCAUUUUACUGCAGCAUUGAAAGGGCCGCAUUAUUCUUUGACAACGCUUAUGGAGAUAUCGAUGGAGUUCUCAAGCUAGAGGCUGGAGACGAAGAUGAUUUCUGCGUUCUUUCCAUGGAAAAAGCUGGAGAAUUAGAAUGUCUUGUUGAAAAGUUAGAAAGGUUUCGAAAAAACUACGAUGAGCAAGGUGAUAUUUAUGAUUUUUUAUGCGACUGGAAUCCAAUCGAAACUGUUUCACUGAAUCCACUGACUGUCAUUAAUGGACAGAUAAUACUUUCAAAAGAUGAACUGAUAGAAAUGAGUCUGGAAGAUGGCGUUAUUGAUGAAACAAUCGAGCGAUUUAUUAUCCACGAUGCAAUAAUUUUCGAAGGAUUCGAUGAAGGCAUCCUCGCCAAAGCUGGAAUAAGCAAAGAAAAUCCUCGAUGUGGGCUAGAGUUUGUUAAAUGUGACGAGGCGCUGGUUGCUCUGGUUAAAGAAACUUACAAAGAUUUAGGAAAUUCAGGCAUUUCUCAAGUUUUCACCGACGUAAUAGAUGGAUUGAAGGACCAGGGAAGAGAGUUCCUAACAGAUACUUCUGUUUCGAACUCGUUGAAUAAUGCGCUUUUGGAGCUGGAAUUCUUGGACGCAGAAUCGAUUGAUUUUACUGACGAAUCCGUUCAAAACGAUAUUGUUUCUGGUAUUUGCGAACAACUCAAGAAACAGGGACAAGAAAAUAUCUUCACUACUGUCGUCCAAGGAUGCAACAAAGUAACGCUUGAUCUUUGUCUCGAGGAAGAUGACCAGGUUUCAAUCAGCAUUCCGCUCAAUUCGACGAACUUGGACAAAAUCGAAGCUUCGGCAGAUGCGAUUGCUGCAAGAGAAAAGAAACUUGAAUAUGAAAAGAAUAUCCUGGUCCAAGUUAUGAAAGAAACGAGAAGUCUAAAAGUCACAUUGUCUGAAAUCGAGAAUUUAUGGAUGAAAACAACUUUAAAAUUAUUCUUCAUUUACGUUAAUGAUAAGGUUAAAAAAGGCACUGUCAUUGCUUUUCUAUCAAAAGCUGAUUGCCUCGCUGCCGGAGCGAAGGCGGAUCAAUCACUUGCUCAGCAGCAGGAUUUAAUCAACGUUAAUUUUCCGAUCUUGCACUCAAAGAUUUUCUACUACCCAAAUGAACUUGAAGAUAUCAAAGAAGCAAUUGGCCCUGAAAAAGCGGCACAAAUAAAAGCUGAUUCGAAAAUCGUGGCAAAAGAUAUCAUGGAAGCAUUUACCGACGGAAUAAGCGACGGAUUCAAUGGCUUCCGAAUAUUCAACAUCGAACACGCUGGUUUUCGUCGAAUCAGUCCUAAUUAUGGAGACAUGGUUGAUCUCGCAACUGAAUAUGGUACUGGGCAAAUUUCAGACAUUGUAAUCACGCUUUAUUCAAAUACCGAUACGACAAAUUUCGCCGAAAUGUUCAAGUUCGUCACAAAUUCCAUCGGACAGCAACUUGAGCAAAUAAUCAAGAGCAGAAACAUUGAAUACAUUAAAAACGAAGAUGAAAUCGUUAAGCAGACCUUUAUCCUCUUCUCGCGAAUGUACAGCAACUACAACAAAGUCGACAAUGCGAUAAACUAUGCCACAAGCAAAGGACUCAUUCAUGAGCCCGAGGAGAUAGUUGUCGCGUACUUAUUCGCCAAUCCUUUUCUCGCGCUACUUUUGGUCUUCAUCUGGUGGGCGGUCAUUCUAGUAAUCAACGAAUUCGAACCAACAACGUACGAUCCGAAAGCGUUCAUUGUCGAGGAAGUUAAAGAUGAUGGAUACGCUAAAUUUAGCUUUCGCAACAACGAAUACGGCCGGCUCAAAAACAAAACAGAGGGACUGGCGAAUUUCUUUCGUUCCAACUUUGGCGACUUGUCUGACAACAGGCAACGCUCGAGUGAUUGCGUCAAGACCAUUGUCGACCCAAUCUUUGACCCUCCAAAAUUUCAUUCUUUUCCGACUCCAUUUGCAGCUGGUUGCAUCAAUCAAACUGAAAGAGCAUUCAUUGGAUUUAUUUUUGCAGCUCUCCUUGCGAUUGUCAGCUUCUUCAUCUUCCUUAGAUUUAGCUGGCCGUAUGUGCUCGACUGGAUGGAAAUUGAAAACUUUAUCCCAAUCAUUUGCGGCGCAAGGGACGGCAAUCGUAGGACUGUUGGCACCAAUGUUAGAGAAGAAGACAUCCAAGAACUCUACGAGAAAAUCGACAGUUCAAGAAAGCUCUCUUGCUCGUGUCUUUAUAGAAUCAUGAAGCCGACACGUGAAUCAAUGGAGAAAAAUAGAAAAAAGAUCAAGCAAAGAUUUGAAGAAAUCAACAAGGAAAAAAGGGAGGCAGAAACGUUUUGGUCGGAUUUCAGACAGCUAGAGGAGAAACCUACUUUGCUUGAAAAGCUCUCAAGAUUCUUUAGAUCUGCUCCAAUUUCAGCGGAAAAAGCAAGUAUUGUUAAUUCGAAAGAAGUUGGAACAGAUACUUAUCCAGAUCCGCCAAUCUUCAUCGCAAAAAGGCGUUUUGAUGCUAAAAAUCCAGUUCAAAAACCCAUCUUCGGUCGGAAUAAAAAGACUAUGAAUAACUACAAUGACAUGAAGAAUAAAUCUGCUCAGGAACAGUUUGACUUCGUCCAAAGACUAAGCAAGGAAGAAAAGAGACGAAUAUACAGUCGAGCUGAAGUGUCAAUAGAAAGACAUAUGCACCGUCAGAAAGUCUUUCGGCUCCAAGGGGAUGAAGACUACAACCCAAUUUUGGCUGAAAUUCAACUCGAAGAUGACCCAAAAUUGAAAAAGGAAGAGGCUGGCAAGUUGGCACCCGUGAUGGUUCGGACGAAACCGGUCCAACAGCAACACAUAAUCAGAGCGAUGGUCAUGGACAUAACUGAAUUUGAAGCUGAAAAAUAG